GGUUCCUGGGUGGAGCUGCAGAUGAAUGGAAACGGCACUGGCACCGACAGCGGCGGUGGGAAGAACGGGGGCCUGGAGCACGUCCCUUCCUCCUCCUCCAUCCACAACGGGGACAUGGAGAAGAUCCUCCUGGACGCCCAGCACGAGUCAGGACAGAGCAGCUCGAGAGGUAGUUCCCACUGUGACAGCCCUUCACCUCCAGAAGAUGGACAUAUCACUUUUGAUGUGGAAAUGCACACAAGUAAAGACAGUAGUUCUCAGUCCGAAGAGGAAGCAGUAGAAGGAGAGAAAGAAUUGGAAGUCUUGAAGAAAAGUGCAGACUGGGUGUCAGACUGGUCAAGUAGGCCUGAAAACAUUCCUCCCAAGGAAUUCCAUUUCAGACAUCCCAAACGUUCAGUGUCUUUAAGUAUGAGAAAAAGUGGAGCCAUGAAAAAAGGUGGCAUUUUCUCUGCAGAAUUUCUUAAGGUUUUCAUUCCAUCUCUGUUCAUAUCUCAUGUUUUGGCUUUGGGACUAGGCAUCUACAUUGGGAAGCGCCUGACCACACCUUCAGCCAGCACCUAUUGAACCCUGGAGGGCAGAACCUGGACCCAGUGACCUGUGCAGGUGUUACUGUCUCAUAGAGUACAUUUGACUUGAGACCAUUUUAAGCAUGACCCUGACUUCACCCUUUCCUUACAUAUCCAGGUUUUUGCUAACUCUGGAAUUCAGUAUUGUGUUGGAACUCUGUUGAGGUGUUUGGCUAUCCACAUUCUUCCCCUCUCUCCCAUUUCCUGCCUCUUGGCCCGCAAGACACGUCAGAGUUGCUGAACGGAGUUUACAACUGUCUCUGUGUUGCAAGGGCUUCUCUCAAUGCAAAAUGCCACCAGCAAGUUUAAUUUAUCAGUGAUGCUGUUGCCUCCUUAGUGCAGCCUGACUUCGAUUGCAGUUGUGCGUGGUGUAAAUGUUGACUGUAUGGUGGUGUUGAAACUCACAGUCUCUGUGGAAGAGAAUUGUUGGUUGGAGUGGAAAAAAAGAAAAAGAAGCUGGUUGUGAAAUAAACUUUAGAAAUCGCUGGCAAUAAAAACCCCAGUUUAAAUCAGCU